AUGGCUGCGAGAAGCCCAGAGGAAAGAGCAUAUAGAGCUUCGCAGGGGGUUGCAAUUUGCUGUCUCCCUGCUGGCUGGUUGCCCCUGCAUAAUAUUAGAAAAUCUGAGGAUGAUGUCAAGGACUUCAAGCUGGCGGUUUCAGGAAGCCAGGGAACUUUGGAGGGAAGUUUGUCUUGGAUUUCCACAAGAUUAGACCUCAGCACCCGCCCACCAGAACUUCAGAGUUUACACAGAGGCUGUAACAGGGUUCAGAACGGUCCAGAUGGUCUCAAUUACUCCUUACUCUCUCAAGGCUGUGACCUUGAUUGGACUGAACAGGGGGCAGGACUUACACUCCAAGGCUCCGUGCUGGGGAAAAAGUCUCCAUUACAGAGGCUCAACUUUCAGUUUCCCAACAGUCACAUCUUUUCAGUGACCUCCUCCAACAAUUCAACAACAAGGGUGUCAUGGCCUCAUGAGCUUUCACAGUCACUACCUGUGUGUGAUCUUGUUAGAGAAUGGUGGCGUUGUCAAUUCAGGCCUGAGAUACUGAGGAGAGCAGACAAAAAUGAUGAUGGAAAAUUAUCCUUUGAAGAAUUCAAAGCUUAUUUUGCAGAUGGUGUUCUGAGUGGAGAAGAAUUACAUGAGCUCUUCCAUACCAUUGAUACACAUAAUACUAAUAAUUCAAAUACUGGUGGAGGAAUUUCAGAGCUAUAUUUCAACAAUCUUGACACAGAAGAGCUAUGUGAAUAUUUUUCUCAACACUUGGGAGAGUAUGAGAAUGUUCUAGCAGCACUUGAAGACCUAAAUCUUUCCAUCCUGAAGGCAAUGGGCAAAACUAAAAAAGACUACCAAGAGGCGUCCAACUUGGAACAAUUUGUGACUCGGUUUUUAUUGAAGGAGACCUUGAAUCAGCUGCAGUCGCUCCAGAAUUCUCUGGAAUGUGCCAUGGAAACUACUGAGGAGCAAACCCGUCAAGAAAGACAAGGGCCAACCAAACCAGAAGUCCUGUCGAUUCAAUGGCCUGGAAAGAGAACAAGUCGCCGAGUCCAGAGACACAAUAGCUUCUCCCCAAACAGCCCUCAGUUCACCGUCAGCGGUCCAGGUUUGCUAGAAGACGACAACCAGUGGAUGACUCAGAUAAACAGACUCCAAAAAUUAAUUGACAAACUGGAAAAGAAGGAUCUCAAACUUGAACCACUGGAAGAAGAAGUUAUUGAAGGGAAUACUAAAUCUCACAUCAUGCUCGUGCAGCGUCAGAUGUCUGUGAUAGAAGAGGACUUGGAAGAAUUCCAGCUUGCUCUGAAACACUAUGUGGAGAGCGCUUCCUCCCAAAGUGGAUGCUUGCGUAUUUCUAUACAGAAGCUUUCAAAUGAAUCUCACCGCUGA